AUGAAUUUUUCUCUGGCAGUGCUGAAAUAUGAACAAAACAUUUCACUUUCAUGUUCAUGUAACAGGUUUAAGGAAAACAGCAUCAGGGAUAUCCUAACAAUUCAAAUAGAUGAAAAACUGGUUGUUAAAAUAAGAAAUGAGGACUCUACAGUUAUAAGAGACAAAUCCAGUGUCUUUUCCAGUCACCAAGUAACAUUAAUUACCAUUGACAAUACAAUAAACAAAUCAAAGCAGCUGCUGGUGAACCUAAAAAAGCAACUGGCAGCAUUUUAUUGCUCUGAGCAGGAAAGGGAAGAAUCUGAGUGUGUGUGUAUGUGUGUGUAUGUGUAUGUGUGCAAAAUGUAUUUACAGUUUUUAAAUGAAUUGACAUAA